AUGGAAAAGCGAAGAACCAGUUGUCCUGGUUGUUCGAGACUUGAGGUCCCCCAUGAGGGCGGCACCAUCCCAGAUCCAUGGAUCAACAACGAUAUCAAGCCUGUCGAGGCAGGGCGACGCAAAUGGGGGUUUUGGACGUUCAAUUACUACUGGGUGCUCAUUAAUUGCAACAUCUCGACCUAUAUGACCGGAAGCUCGUUGAUUCCCUUGGGGUUAUCCUGGUGGCAAGCUAUUAUAGCCAUUGUUAUAGGGAAUAUACUUGCCUCUGUUUUCAUUGUGCUCAAUUCGCUUCCGGGGGCAUUUUAUCACUUGGGAUUUCCAGUAGCGAAUCGAUAUGUCUGGGGAAUGUGGGGAUCACAAUGGGUCAUCUGUAACAGAAUCUUCCUCUCGAUCAUCUGGUAUGCAUUUCAAGCCUGGAUUGGCGGUGAAUGCGUCUAUGUCUGUUUGCAGGCCAUCUGGCCUUCCCUCGAAGACCGGAUUCCUAACCAUAUGCCCGCGUCAACCGGCAUGACCACUGCCGAGUUCGUUGCGUAUAUCGUAUUCAUGGUGAUUUCUCUGCCGUUCGUCUAUGUACGACCACACAAGCUGCAGCUGCUGUUUUACAUCUCUGCGGCAGUCGUCCUCGUCUUUGAGGUCGUGUUGCUCAUCUGGUCACUAGCCACAAUGGGAGACGUCGGGUUUGGAGACACAAUCUCUUCUACUACCAGUUCAUCUGGAUGGAUGAUUGCCUAUGGUAUCAUCAGUACUAUCGGUAGUAUUGCCGCUGGCAUCCUGAACCAAACCGACUACGCACGUUUUGCGCGUAAACCACGGGAUGCGAUCUAUGGGCAGAUUAUUAGCUCUGCCCUCUGUGCCAUUUCGUGUGGUGUCAUCGGAAUCCUUGUGACUGCAGCCACACAGAACCGCUAUGGCGAAGCUAUGUGGAACCUGCCAAAUCUGCUGAGUGCCAUUAUUGAGACCGGCGGCUCUCGCUCUCGCGCCGCCGCCUUUUUCGGAGGCGUAGCCCUUGUGGUUUCACAGAUUGGAGUUAACGUUCCUGGCAACGCUCUUUCUGGAGGAUUCGACUUUGCAGCUACCUGGCCGAAAUACAUCAAUAUUCGACGCGGAGCCUAUCUCACAGUCCUAAUCUCAAUCGCUGCCAAUCCAUGGAAGCUAGUGAAUACCGCCACAACCUUCCUAACCGUUUUGAGCAGCUACUCUGUCUUCGUAGGACCCAUGGUCGGACUUAUGAUCUCGUCAUACCUCGUCGUCAAUCAACGCAAGAUCAAGGUGCCGGACCUGUUUAUUGGAAACAAGAAUAGCAUUUAUUGGUAUACCUACGGAGUCAACUGGCGAGCAGUUGUAGCGUGGAUCUGUGGAGUUGCCCCUUCUCUCCCCGGCUUCAUUGCGUACGUGAAUCCAAACAUCUCAGUUCCAAUUGGGCUGACGCAUUUGUAUUACAUUUGUUUCUUGACUGGCAUGUCAAUCAGCGCCGCUGUAUAUGUGGCUCUUCACUAUGCCGUCCCGGACAAACGACUUCAGGCUUUUGUCAGCUCUGCACCUCCAGCACGGGAGUUGAUGGUGGAGUAUCGGGAGUCGUAUGAUAAUCCAAAUGAGGUAUCCCAUUUGGAUAUAACCCAGGGAAAAAUGGAGGACUGA